CUCAGGGGGCGGCGCCCGAGCCCGAGGAGAGGCGGCGGCGGCGGCGGCGGCGGCGGCGGCCGGUGCCCGUGAGCGCGGGGCAGGGCGGAGGGUGCCAGGAAUGGAGGGGGAAAAACUGAUUUCUGCAACAGAUACACAGUAUUCUAGCACGCUCCUUCAGUCUUUGAACGAACAGCGCGGCCAUGGGCUUUUCUGUGAUGUUACUGUUAUCGUGGAGGACCGGAAGUUUCGAGCUCACAGAAACAUUCUCUCUGCCUCAAGCACGUACUUCCACCAGCUUUUGUCGGUGGCUGGGCAAGUGGUUGAAUUGAGCUUUGUGAGAGCUGAGAUUUUUGCAGAAAUACUUAAUUAUAUGUAUAGUUCCAAAAUAAUCUCUGUUCGAGCCGACUUAAUUGAUGAAUUGAUUAAAUCGGGGCAACAGCUGGGUGUUAAGUUCCUAGCUGAUCUGUCCGUAGUUCCGUCCGAUGGAAGAAGCGUGCUGAGCGAUGUCAAAGACGGUGCUUCAGAAACUCCAGCUUCUGGCCCUACUCAGAAGGAUGCUGAAACACAGGUACCUGCCGUCAGGCAGGAGGGCCGAGAGGUGACGGGUUGGAUGCCGGUUAUAACUGAAUCGUUCUCCCUACAUGGCAUAGCCUAUGAGACUCCAAAAAUAACAGUGAGUGAUUCAGAUGACGACGACGUCAUCUUUUGCUCUGAGAUUGUUCCCCCAAAAGAAUGUACUAAAGACACAAGUGCUGCAAUCCAGAACCAGCCUUGCCCAAAUGCACCUGGAGUUUCUGACCAAAAAUCAUGCGGCGGUGGCGGCUCCCCGCUUUCGACUAGCACCACGUCAACUCAAAAACUUACUUCCUCCGCUCAUCAGCUGAAUCCAAACCAAACGCUGUCAAGUGCUGAAUCACUUGUCCCAGUGACACCGCAGCAUUCGACAACUGAGCUCAUUUUGCUGAAUCGGCCCCCGGUUAACCCCCCACCCAGCGUCAGCUCCUCGCAUCAAACGCACGUGCCCCCUACGAUUAAUUUGGUUGAGGAGAACCAGAAGCCGUCUGAUAAAGGUCCCUCAACUGAAAGGGAAACAGCUGCUGCUGAUGAUGUCGAAGAGGUGGUUGAGGACAGCGACGAUGUCAUCGGCUCCUCUAGUCCUAGUUCAGUCAGCAAUAGCUCUUCGGUUCAGCAACCUUCUGUACCCAAAGCGGCGUCCUCUGAAGGAUCAGGAGUGCAGAAAAAACAGGUUAUUACAUUUCCGCAAGAGCAAUCUUCUAAACCCGGAGAAUUUAAAAUAAAAAUCUCAGAUGUCCUUACUGGAAACAACAAGGAAUUCGGCCCAGGGAUAGCAUCGAAACACGCGGCAGAAGGGCAGAAAAUCAUAACGUUAGAUACGGCGACUGAAAUAGAAGGCUUAUCCACGGGCUGCAAGGUUUAUGCAAAUAUUGGUGAGGACACUUACGACAUAGUCAUUCCGAUUAAGGAUGAUCCUGAGGAAGGAGAAGCCAAGCCCGAUGAAACCCCUAGAACCUCCAACGGCGAUUCCUCAAGCAGGAAGCGCAUGAAAGUAAAGCACGACGACCAUUACGAGCUGAUAGUGGAUGGAAGGGUCUACUACAUUUGCAUCGUAUGUAAGAGAUCGUACGUGUGUCUGACGAGUUUACGGAGACAUUUUAAUGUUCAUUCCUGGGAGAAGAAGUAUCCGUGUCGAUACUGCGAUAAAGUUUUCCCUCUUGCAGAGUACCGUACGAAGCAUGAGAUUCACCACACUGGUGAGCGGAGGUACCAGUGCUUGACGUGCGGCAAGUCUUUCAUCAACUACCAGAUCAUGGCCUCGCACAUCAGAUCAGUUCACAGCCAAGACCCCUCGGGAGAUACCAAGCUUUAUCGACUGCAUCCUUGCAGGUCUUUGCAGAUCAGACAGUACGCGUACAUUUCGGAUCGCUCGAGCAGCUUGCCGGUAAUAAACGAGAACAGAAUCGUGUAUCGCGUUGACGCGGGAAAGGAUGGCGCUGAAGGAACGACGUCUAAUUCUCCAGCCAAACAAAUGAGCUGGGAUGAUAUUUUCGUUCCGCAGGGAAAUGAUGCAAUUUUUAAGCAAAAUCAAUCAGAGGGUAGUACUGAAUUUGAGUUUGUAAUACCGGAAUCGUACUGAAAUGUGUGACGUGCUGGGAAAGGGCUUCAGUGAGUACGUACUGCAGCUUUUCUGAACGAACUGUUGAAAUAAUUGUAAAACAAAUUGUUCAGAGUGAAAACACAUUAACUUGUUCAAGGAAGUCAUCAAAUGGUAGUACUUACUUAGAUGGAUCGUUGGUAGCUGCAAAGAAUUUGUGGAAGCGAUUCAUCAGAAGGUUUACUUGAAUACAUUUUAAUUAAGACAUGUCCAAGGAGCUGGCAGUGUUUGCAAGUACGUGCAUUUUGCUCAGAACGUGGGCAUUUGUGGCUGGAAACAGGUACAGUUUUCUCCUCAAGAGCUAGAAAUCUAAUUUCUAAAGUAAUUCAAGGUAUUUCCUGUACCCAUACUUAGAUAAGCCCUUUCUUUCAUGUUAGCACUUUAAUGCUGAAUUGUGCUCCAUCAUCCAUGAAGAAAACAGAUUUUUCAUGGUAGUGUUUUCAAUAUUGAACCAUUAUAAAAAACCACAGGCCUUGUCUUAUUUUGCUGAAUAAUGCAUUACCACAAGGGUCCAAAAUGACUGAUCCAGUAGCUUGGAGCAGUGUAUUUUCCAACUAGCAUCUUAAUUGUGCUUCUAAAAGCAAUGUGAAUCAUCUGUCUUCACGCAGGUAUUCCUGCCGAUGAGAGAUACGCGGUUUGGGCUAACUUGAACACACUUUUAUUUGUGCUAGGCAGUAAGGUAAGUGGGAUAAUCAGUGUCUGGACCAUUCUGUUUCUUUUUGUGUCAGGGAGAAAGGCAGUGCUCAAUAGCGGAGAAAUCUAGAACACUUACAGACUUUUUUUCCUCUCCGUUCAGAAAGGUUUCAGUGUGGUAUAAUAAAAGUAAUUCCCAUGAUACCUAAAGGCUUUGAAAUUUUCUUCUUACAACAGAGAAAUCCUCUGAGUGCUGCAUCAGUGCUGAGGCUGCUGAGGAGCUCCUGUAUCUCUUUGGCUAGAUCUUGAGCAGGAAUUGCAUUUUUUAGUUCUCCCCUUUACGGGGGGUGUAAUCUUGUGCUAACGAUGUAAUCAGCAUUCAGAAAAUGCCUGCCAUCCCUCAUACUCCACUCUAUCAUCUCUACGGUUGCCUACUUGGCAUCUGUUUUCACUCUUAGGCUUCUUCUGUUGCUCCUUUUUUUUUCUCCCUAUUGUUAGAAGGUAAUUAGGAGAAAUCCAGCUGGAGCAAGAAACAAGAGACCUGAGAAAAAUAAACAUCUGCUUUCCAGAGUCAUAGCUCAGCACUUCAGGUUUCGUGGCUUAAUGAAUUUUUCUAAAUGGUAUAAUGAAAACUGCUCAGAAAUCCUAGCAAUUCCUGAGGGAGACUGUUGUGCAUAGUACUAGCUAGUUAUCGUAACCUCUCAUUGCUUCAACCUUUGUAUUCUCAUGUUUCACGUAAGCAUCUUGAUCCUCUGACCUCUGAUGUUAGGAUUUUAGACAUGCAAUAUUCUCAGCAGAAAGGUGUUGAAAUGGUCAGUGGUUCAAAGACAGCUUCGGCUAUAAGAAAGGGUGCUGGGAAGGUGGGAGGAAGAGGAGAAUCUCUUCACUUUUUACACGUGCUACUCAGCACUUCUGUUUCGUAGGCCCAAAAUGUUCCGCGUGCGCUUGUUUUCCAGACCGUGCUGCAUCCCCUCAGGAUGUAAGGGGUUCUGCUUUCAGAUGUUACGUGCUGGGUGCAGUCUGAGCUGGCAUUUUGGCAGCCUCACGAGAAUUCCGUGCCGACUGCCCGACGUGGCUGGCCACGUGCUGCAUAGGAACGUCUUGAUCUUAGCAUCACGACAGAGGCGAUGGUUUUGGCGCGGACACGACGCGUACAGAGCAAAGCACGCGCUGCGAAGCGUGCGUUCGCUUGUAUUGAAAAAUAGUGGCUAUAAAUAUUUGCUGCUGAUGUACUAAAAAAUUUAAACUGUGCCUACUAAAGGUCUCUUUUUGGAGGAAAACUGGAACAUUAGGGCUUUGUAACUGUAUUUUUGCUGGAAGACUCGUGCGUGCAUGUGUCUCAGGGUCUUCAGUUUUCCUUGGAAGUGAUUUUUGAUAUCCAAAGUCCAGAGGUCACAUAAAGUGUUUUUUUUUAAAUCCACUUUCUCUAUUUAUUGAUUUGGAAACACGUCAGGUCCCUUCUUGUUAAACUUUUGGUGGGGCCAUGAGCGUUUGUAUUUAGAUUUCUGGCCAUCGCACUUAGAUUUGUUUUUAACGUUAAGCUUCCCAGUGAACUGAACGAAAGGCAUCACGCGACUCCUGAGAAAUCGGUUUAGGGGUAAGGAAAGGAAAAGAUGGAAUCUGAAAAAGCACUUGCAUAGAAGUCGACCGUUUCAGCAGAGUAGGAGCAAACCUCACGGCCAUUCCCACACAGCUGUGAGAAGCGGGGCGGAUCUGCUGCCACAUGUAAUCACGGGACCGCGGCGGCGCUGCGUGGCUUCUUUGGACAUUCAUACCGUAGCAUUCCAGUAUAUGAAUGAAAUAAAAACGGAGAUUAAAAAAAUCGACUUCUUAUUUAUUUUGUACCGUUAAGGCAUGCAGCUUGGGAAAAAGGUGCAGAAGCUGGCAACUCUACACGAGCACUGAGCUCGACAGCUUUUACCUGUGAACUGUUCCGUGUGAAACACUGCUGACUUUUGCCACGUCUGUAAUGUAUAUACUUGUACAGUCUUUCUUUAACAUACUUUUUAAAGUUGCGCUCUACUUUUCAUUAAUCAAUACUUGAUAUUAGUUCUUAGAGCUUUCUACGGCCAAAAUAAAAAGUUUAAUUCUA